AAAAAAAAUGCUCUUGAACUUUGAGAAAGAAAAACAGAAGUCUGAUUUCGCGUGGUGCCCUUUUGACCCACAUGACUUUCCGUACUGAUGAACUGUUGUAGCAGGCUGAUGUGUCAAAAUGGCAGAGCUAACAACACUGGAGAGCCUUCUGGAGAUGGGCUUUGGCAGAAACAGAGCGGAGAAAGCUGUGGCCAAUACAGGGAACCAGGGGAUAGAGCAAGCCAUGGACUGGUUAAUGGAACAUGAGAACGACCCGGACAUCGAUGAGCCGUACGUUCCUCCAGCGGGGAACCUUUUAGGAGGAGAUACAGAUCAGACAACAGCAGGGGACUCAGGUGAAGCAGCAGUAAUCGCAGAGGAAGAUGAAUUAUACAGCGACAACCCAGAGGCUUCGAGACGACCAAUGACGGAGGAGGAGAAACGUGAACAGGUCAAAAGGCUAGAGGAGCUGAUGCGAGUGAAGCAGGCGGAGAGGAGGGAGCGCGAGCGAGCCGAGGAGGUGGAGCGGGAAAAGCAGCGGAGGAGGCAGGGCCAGGAGCUGCAGCAGAUCCGGCAGAAGAUUCAGGACGACGAGAUGAAGAAACUCGCAGAUCAGCGGAGGAGAGAGAAGAUGGAGGACAAGCUGGCUAGGCAAAGGGUUAAAGACAAAAUCGCACGAGACCGAGAGGAGAGAGCACAGAAGUUUGGAGGUGGCGCACCUCCGAGCACGGUGACAUCCACCCAGCCCACCCCGCCCAGUCCGUCGUCACCCACCGGUCAGGGGCCCCCGCCCACGAAGAAGGAGUACGAUGAGUCCAGGAUACAGGUUCGUCUGCUGGACGGCUCCACCAUCAACACGGUGUUCAAGUCCCAGGAGCCGCUGGCGGCGGUGCGCGUCUACGUCCAGAUGAACGGCAACACACCCGAGGGUCAGGACUUCACGCUGCUGUCGCCAUACCCGCGCCACGUUUACACUGAACUGGACAUGGAGAAGCCUCUUAAAGAGCUGGGUUUGGUGCCUUCAGCUGUGCUGGUUGUUACCAAAAAGUCAGAAGGAUCAGAUCUGUGAGCCUACCUCACCUCUACUACGACGUCGACACGAGAACCGAGCGACCCAGGAACCGAGCUGCCAUCUGCUAGUAUCACUCACUAAGCCAGCUAGCUGAACCGAAGCAGAGACGCAGUGAAGCUGCAUUCAGACACGUUGGAGCUCCUCAGACUUUGAUGUGAGUUUUUGUUUGGGAAGACUGACUGAAUGCAGCUUCAGAUCUGCUGCAGGCAUUGAACUGGACCUUUGACCUCAGCUGGUCGAGCUGAAGAUAGGUGGCUUCUGACUGAUACUUCCCUAAGGAUCUCUGCUUGUGGUUUCAACACACUUAUUAAAAAAAUAAAAAUGCACAGAACUAAGUUUAAGUCGACCCUUGUAUUGCUAAAGAAUACCUGCUAAAGUGGUUCUGAAAGGGCCUUAAGUUUAUUUCCUGUGAUCUUCCUGACUUUGUGACAUUUUACUUUCAUUUUUUUAACUGAGUUCAGAUUUGCUGAAAGCUGUGUCCACGAGGAAACCGAUUACAAUAAAGCUGGCUGGGAUAAUUGA